UCCCGGAAAAGCAGAGAACUUUUUGAAAUAUGAAAUCUUGCAUGAACUCACAGACGAGAUCUUUCAUCAGGACUUGGAGUAAAAGAGACCUUAUCUUCUCACCUGACCUCAAGAACUGAAUCUGGAUCUGUCCACUGUUCGCAAGAAGUUUGACCGGAGAGAGCUGUAAAGAGAAGACAUGAAGAGGAGAAGACCAGUAACGCUUGAUACCAGUGAUGAAGAGGAGGAAGACAGUAACGACAGAAGACGUACCCUGAGAGCACAAAAGAAAGUCAGAUAUUCUGAAUCCUUUGUUGUGGAGGAAGAGGAAGAGGAAGACAACUGCAACCACAACACACAAGAGGAGAUGUUACAUGUCACCUGUGGAACCAAAGAAGGCUGGUUGGAUAAAAAGAAGCUGGAAAGAGCUGAGGCCUGUAUUAAGUGUGAGGGUAAAUGGUUUACUCCGCCUCAGUUCGAGGUCUUCGGCAGACGGGAGUGCAGUAAAAAAUGGAAAACGAGUGUCUACCAUGAAGAAAAACCUCUGCAGUAUUUUUUUGAGAAAGGAUUACUCACCACCUCAGGGUAUAAUAAAGGACCAAGAAAGACAACCAAGAAAAAGAAGUCAUCAGAUCAUGAGUCCCAGGAAUCUUCUGAAGAUUCAGACAUGGAGAGUGCAGGAGACAGUGAGGAGGAGCGCAGUUCAGAUGAAGAUGGCAGUGAAGAGCUGAAGCAGGACGCAGAAGGAAGUGAGGAAGACAAAGAGGAGCCUGCAAGCAUCGAGCCUGUGGGUGAAGAUGGAGAGAUGGAUGCUGGGAAUGUGUCUUCUGUAGCUGAUGAUCUCCCAGACAGAAAUGUCUCUGAAGGUUUGUGUUUGUCUUGUGUUUUAGAAUUGGAGACGUUUCCUGUUUCAAAGAAUGCAGUCGUCACCUUAGAGAGACUUCCAGAGGCAGAACUGAGACUCCAGAACCAUCUGAAGGAACCAUCGUCCUCUUCAACCGUCGCUCAGCCUGAGGCUCUUCAACUGACCAGCAGCAGCCAGCAGUCAGUAGAGAGUUGGUGUGUGCCGUUGAGUGAGGUCUCACAAAGUGAAGAGGAGAGAGAUCAUAACACUUCGGCAGAAACCAGAGACACAACUUCACCGCUGACGUCUGACCCUCCGAUCACUGAAGGCAUGCUGACGCUGCAAGAAGCAGCAGAGCACACCGCCGGCAGCAUCUCCAGCACAGCACAGUCUCCACAUUCUGACCAGGAGACACGUGUUGACCAAACCUGUGCUCGCUGUGCUCCCUUCUCAAACAUGGCGGAAGCUGCAGAAAGCUCUGACGUGGACACGAUGGCGACUGACCAGCUGAAGAGAGAGAAACUGAAACUGCAAGUCAAAGUUUUGAAGUUACAAGAGAUGUAUUACUCUUUGAAAAUAUCAAGAUUUUUAAAAUCUGAGUCUUUCGUUGAGCCUUGAUAAUAGACUGUGACUAUAAAACGUGCAGCUGACAGGAACCAAUAUCACGAAAUGUGCCUUAAUGUAGAGUUUCUGGAACAGAGUUUAAAACUGUCAGAGCAUUUUUUUUCUAUGUUCAGCAGAGAAAACAUUUGCUACACAGGAUGAUAUCAUGGAGAAAUUAGCUUGAUUUUUUUUUUCAGAAAAUUACAUGAUUAGCAUUGGAUUGCUUUUUUUCAGCAUGUUUAGUUUUGUUUUUAUUCAUGUUCAAAAUAACAAUCGAUAUAUAUUCUAAUGUAUAUUUGAAAUGUUUUUGUUUGAUGUUCUACUCAUGCAGUACAUCUGUGAUUGAAGUAACUACUGUAAAGUUUUCAAACUUACUAAUGAAACCAUUUGUAUAUAACGAGCACCAAGACAUUUGUUUUUAUUUUUCAAUAUUGUGGGAUUACAGUCGUUCCGGAAGGUUUGGAUUGGUGUGUCUCUCAGCGCCAGUCGUCAUCUUGGUUUUGAUGUGUCUCCGCAAUAAAUCACACGACUCACAAGUCAGUCAAGUUUCUGUUUAUUUGAGUCCAUCAAUUGCACAAGUCAAUUUUUAAGCAAAAUAAGACAUGCAUGCACAAACAACACACAUAAAUUAACAACCCAACAACAGAAAUAUAUUCUUAAGAACAAAUUUGAAUAAACAUGAGGCUUUUUCCAAUUUCUUAACCUGAAACAUUCAACGAGCCACCGUUUGAAUGACAUUUAAUUUGCAUUUUAUCAGCCAAACAUCAACUGUGCUGCUCUGCCUUUCAGAACACUUCAUUAUAUUACUGCCUUUGAUCUCAACCAUGUUUUCAUAGUAACAAACAGAAAUAGGUUAUUGUGGUGGCUCAGAUUUUAAAAAUCUUGAUAUUUUUGAAGAGUAAUACAUCUCUUGUAACUUCAAAACUCUGA